AUGGCGUGGGUGGAGGAGCGGGUGGCCAGUGGGUUUCUCAGCUUCGGCGCCUCUCGACAUCAGGCGAGGGGCCGAAUCCCUCUGGUACGCCGCUUCUACCUACGGCGUACUUUCAGAGACAUGGUGGACAGCAGUCUCAGUGUUCCAUCGCUGCAAAAGAGGAUGAAGCUGUGUGGUGUUUUGCAUGCUGGCAUUUACUACUGCUUCUCUGAGCUCACUGAUGAGCUGGACCUCCAGAAUCACCACUUGCGUUCCACCACCAGGAGGUCCAGUAGUUAUGAAGACGGCGGCCACGUCAGGACGCACCGCAGGCGCUCCGCCGACGAGGAGAACGACAUUCGCUGCCGGGACUUCACCGAGGGCAACCCCGAAGACAACAGCCUCCGCUCGCCCUACUUCCCCAACACCUACCCCAACAACACCAACUGCGUGCGCAUCCUGGACGCCGGUCCCGGCAACGUGAUCCGGCUGGAGUUCCGCGAGAUGUUCCGGCUGGAGCCGAGCGAGGGCUGCCAGUUCGACUUCCUGGAGGUGCGCGACGGCCGCUACGGCUACAACGACGUGCUGGACCGCUUCUGCGGGCACCGCGUACCGCCCAGCGGGGUCAUGUCGUCGGGCCGCUACAUGUACCUGCACUUCCGCUCCGACGACACCAUCGAGUACGAGGGCUUCGCUGCCGUCUACAUGGUGCUGCCCAGGCCCACGCAGAUGUCGCCCUCGCCUGGUCCCGGGCCCGAGCUGUCACCGUGUAUCAUCCCCGUGACGGGAGUCGAGGGGUACGUCAACCGCAGCGACAUCGACCGACACUGCCCCGAGCGCGUCAACCAGAGCACCCUGUGGCACAGCCCGCUGGAGGGCAUGUGGGUCAUCAACGUCACUGUCGGCUGGAAGAUCCAGUUGGCGUUCCUGGUGUUCAAGCUGGACAAGCCCAACGACUGCAACCAGAACUUCGUGCAGGUGUUCAAGGACAACACGGACAUGCCGUCGCGGCUGAGCGAGUUCUGCGGCGCCAAGGCGGAGACGGUGCUGUCCGAGAACAACGUGAUGCACGUGCGCUACUGGGCGACCUCCCAGGCCAUCAACGCUACCUUCGACUCGCUCUUCACCGCCUACCGCGAAGGCAACAAGAAGCCCUGCCUGGAUGACGAGUUCGACUGCCAGGACGACACGUGCAUCUCGCGGACGCUGCGCUGCAACAACCGCAUCAACUGCCGCUUUCUCUGGGACGAGGAGAAGGAGGAGUGCAAGGUGAGUGCCGCGCAGGCAGCUCCAGCGACGAGCUCCGGCAGGCGGCUCGAAAGUGCCUCGCCGGUCGGCGACCUGUCGUGUUGUCGAUGA